UAGGUAGGUAGGUCAUGGUCUGUCAUUUUCUUGAUGUCAACAUGGAACCCCUCGCCUUGGAGCUGUACCACGACGCGGUUCUCCACUGGCCGGCUCAAGGCCAAGUGAUCCUGGCGCAGCACUCGUCCUCCCACAUCGUCGUGUACCAAGCGUACAAUGCGGCCAUCGCUAACGCGCUCGUGACAGCCCAGAACUACCACUACCCGGUAGUGGCCGCCGCCGGAUUCAUCCCAACUCGAAUGACUUGGAUCAAGCCGAACUUUCUAUGGAUGAUGUACCGGUCGUCGUGGGCCCAAGCUCGUAACCAAGAGCGCAUCGUCGCCGUGACGCUCCUACGGGACAAGUUCGAUGCCGUGGUGCGCGAUGGCGUGCUGAGUUCAUUCGACGCGAUCUCGUCUACGCGAUCCGAGUGGCAGGACCAAGUGGCGCACUCGAACGUCCGCAUUCAGUGGGACCCGGACCAUCUCCCCGACGGCCGCAAACACGCUGCCCGACGUGCUAUUCAAAUUGGGUUGCGGCGGGAGGCGUUGAUGGCCUUGUCCCACAACGCCGUGGUGGACAUGGUCGAUAUAACGGCGUUUGUUACCAGGCAACGUCAGGGCAGCCAAGACGGAGCGGCGUGGCUGGCGUCCCUCGUCGUGCCAGUUGAGCGAGAGUAUUUUUUGGGGCAUAGCGACACGACGUAGGCGGUUGGCUAACUCCCAGUAGUUACUGGUGGUGCCUACCUGUAGAUGGCCAGUUUAUGGUGCACGGGACAGUUUAAGGUGCACUCAAAAUGGCCAAUGGAAUUGCUUAAGUUUUGGAAUAGCCAAUCGAAUCACUAGAAAAAUGAGAUCACAAAAAAAUAAGCAAAAACAGCAUACAUAUUUUAAGCUUAAACCGUGCACCAUAAACCGUCCCACC